AUCUGGCAACGAUGACAAACAUGUCGACGCGCUUAGGUUGGUUUGCGUCCAUUUUAUUCAUCGUGGAUUUUUUUUUUCCCAGAUACUGUUAGCGCAUCAGAAUGAUAUUUAUAAGGAUUGGGUCUACAAAGUACAAUAAACCCAGGUUCCUAUAGCGAUGUACCAGCGAACAAUCAUUUUGCGGCGGCUACUCAGCUCGGUUUGCACCUGCAGACGAUGCCUCAACACUUCUCCAAAAGGUGCCAGGAGGGUCGUCGUGACAGGACUGGGCCUCGUCACCCCUCUGGGUGUGGGCACCAAGCCGGUGUGGGAGAACUUGCUUCAAUCUCGAUCCGGCAUCAUCCGGCUAGGCAAGGAAUAUGACGGGAUCCCGUCGAAAAUAGCCGGCCGCGUGCCCACAGACGCCUCCCAAAACCCCGCAGCCUUCUCCAUCGACAGGUUUGCUUCUAAGUCCGACCUUAGAAGCAUGACAGUGGCCACGGCGUACGCUCUUGCAGCGGCCGAAGAAGCUCUCGCAGAUGCGUCGUGGCAACCGAAGACCGACGCCGAGUGCCAGUCAACCGGCGUCGCUGUUGGGAACGCAAUGACUGAUCUCGACUACAUUGUCGACUCCGGCCUGCUCUUUAGGGACAAGGGUUACGCUAAGAUGAGCCCAUACUUCGUUCCCAAAAUCCUGACCAACAUGGCAGCAGGGCACAUCAGCAUCCGCCACAACUUGCGGGGACCUAACCACUCCGUCGCGACGGCGUGCACGACGGGCCUUCACGCCGUAGGGGACGCUUUCAACUUCAUUCAGCGUGGGUAUGCCGACGUCAUGGUUUCUGGUGGGACGGAGUGCAGCGUCUCUCCCAUCUGCCUCGCCGCCUUCUCGAGGAUGCGGGCCCUGAGUACCGCCGAGGAUGCCGCCACGGCGUCGAGGCCUUUCGACAGGCGUCGGGACGGCUUCGUCGUAGCUGAAGGAGCGGCCAUCUUGGUCCUCGAAGAGUUGCGGCACGCGCUCGAGAGGGACGCCACUGUGUACGCCGAGAUUCUGGGCUAUGGGUUGUCAGGGGACGCCGUUCACAUAACGGCAUCGUCGUGCGAAGGAGAAGGAGGGCUCUCGUGUAUGAGAGCCGCCCUGGCGGAUGCAGGUAUCGACGCCCGCGAAGUGAGCUAUGUGAAUGCCCACGCUACGUCGACGCCCUUGGGAGAUGCCGCGGAGGCGUUGGCGAUUCGUCGCUUGUUUGGCGACCGAAGUCAGGAAGUGGCAGUGUCUUCUACGAAAGGGGCUACGGGACACCUCCUAGGUGCUGCCGGAGCUGUCGAAACUGCUUUUACGGUGCUGGCUUGCCACGGGGGUGUGAUUCCACCCUCUUUGAACCUCGAAGCACCCGACGAAAAAAUGGAUUUGAACUUCGUUGCUCUGAAGUCGAGAGUCUGGGAGACACCUGGGUCCAAGAGGAGAGUGGCACUCAAAAACUCGUUUGGGUUUGGUGGCACAAAUGGCUCUCUAGUGAUUGCAGAGUAUAAAAAUGAUUAGGGAAUACUAGGUAAAAAAAAUAUUGAGUGGUACUAGUAUGACACCUGGAAUGCACCUCCAACUAGUGAUAUUUAAAAACCACAGUGUCCCAGUGUGGCAAUGAAAUAUGUUGCAAGGGCCACUUGCUACUGGUUGCCACAGUUGGUUGUAGAAGUGCAUCUGUGAAGAAGACAAACGGCGGCUGCCAAUGUUGCUGUCGUUGUGGCAUCCAACCCAUGGUUGCUAAUAUUUCUGUACACUGGCUGACUGCAGAGUGAGAAUGCAGAACUGGUGUCUGCCAAUCCACAGCCUUACACAGUUGUGACUGCACCAGCUGGAAAUCGAGAGAGCAACAUAAAGAUUCGGUAGACACCGGUUGGAGACACAUUUUAAGCAGCCAAGUAUUAGGUAAUGCAAAGAAAUGACUGAAGUUUAAAUAUGGAUCAAGUGAAAUAUGAAUCAAGCAUACAGGAAGAAAUAUUGAGGACUUCGAUGAAUUGCAAUAAAGGGCCAAGUUCAUGCACA